CUGCAGUCCCGUCUCGUGCUGUGAAGACAUCAUCUCCCAGCAGCCCGCGCGAGGCGAGCGUUCCAUGAAUGAUCAGCUUUAAGUUCACCUUCAGCGGCGGAGUUGGCUGAUAAAAAAAAAAAUACAAAUUCAAUAUAUAGCAUACGGAUUGUGUUGAUAUUCCAGCCGAUAUGAACGGCAGAAUGCACAAUGCUACCCCUGAGCUGGAGAUCUGUCUGAAAAGGGGACCAUCUGGCCUGGGGUUCAACAUUGUCGGGGGGACAGACCAGCAGUACAUCUCCAAUGACAGCGGCAUCUACAUCACCAAAAUCAAGGAGCAGGGGGCGGCAGCGCUGGACGGGCGUCUCCAGGAGGGGGACCGGAUCCUGGCGAUCAAUGGGUGUGAGCUGCAGAAUCUGUCCCACCAGGAGGCUGUGGAGCUCUUCAGGACGGCCGGGGAGGAUGUGAGGCUCCGGGUGCUGCAGGGGCACUCCGCUCAGAUGAACGGUCCGGCGGGGUCGAGGGGCGGGGCUGAGCCGUCCAUCUCGCUGCUCGGAGUUCUGGCUGUAUCGGGAGCGCUGGCUCUCGCAGCGAUGGUGUACUUGAGAUUCAGGCACCGGAUCGGCAUGCGUUGAACACAGCGUCACCAUUUAUUAUUACAUUAGAUUAUUAUUAUAAUGUUGUUUUUUAUUUCUUUUUUCUUUAAAGAAAACCAGACUGAUUUAAUUUUCCCCCCACCAUUUCACUGAUAUGUUUUAUUUGUGAAUUGCUGCUGCUGCUUAUUCCAAAGGCAAGAUUAAUGCUGUGUAGAGGGUUUAGGUUUUGAAGGCAGAAGUUUGAAACUUACUUGCACGAUUAGUACCGGCCAAAGGAGAGGGUAUUUAAACUGAAGAUGUAUUUAAAUAACUGGUAUCAGCUUUAAGAAUAAGUUUGAAAAGGGACAGCAGCUUUAACAUGGAAGGAAAUCAGGAGCUGCUUCAUGAAUUCAAGUGCCAGCUGCUUCUGCCCUUCCCAAAGCAAGCUAGGAAUUAUGGCACCACCUGCUGGGAGCACAGUGCCACUACAGCUCACUUUAUCCAGUGUGGAAGCAGUUGUGUGGCCACUUCUCGUUUCUUUAGUGUUUUCUGUUAUGUCUAUGCAGCGAGGGUUGGAACCCUUCAUAUUACAAUGCUUUUCUUUAAAUGCUUUCAUUUUUGUGAAUGUAGUGCUUGUGAACGGUCAAGGACAGUGAUAGGAGCUGCACUCGGGUCCCAUGAGAUCCGUGUUGCAUCUGUCAAGUUAAAACUAGAGCUAUCAUUUAGCAUGAAGACAUAUAUCCCCAUGGCCUACAUUCACUGUACAUGCAUGAAUUUUCUAAAGCCUGUCCUAAAGAAUGUCCUGACCACUUUUAAUCACAAUUAGAACAGUGGAUCUCUAGAGAGCUGUAAAAAAUAGUAAUGUGACAGGCAGGGAUGGAUAAUAGCAGUGAAGAAAAUGGAUUUCAAAACAUUGGCUAGCACGCCUUUUGAUGAUGAUUUUUAUUUUGUUUUAUUUUUAAGUGAAGUCCGCAACUUUUUUUUUUUUUAAUUUUAGUUUUUUAGUACAUUUAUAUCUGAUCAACAUCAUGCCACAAAAACACAGCCUUAGAAAUAGGUUUGAAUAAGAAGCUACCUUAAUGUAAGACAGAGACCGUGUCGGAGCCGCGAGAGCCAUAGAAAGAGAAUCGUUAUAGAUGUAGUUAUAAAUCAUGUCAUCUGUACAAGCCAAUCGAAGAACUGUUUAAAUGCACGUGAGCACUGUGUGUGUGUGUGUGUGCGCGCGUGCAUGCGUGUGUGUUAAUAUCCACUGGGUCUCCGUGUUUAAUGUAGAAUCAUGAUUUCUUUGUAGGCUGUAUACAGACCCCGUUCCGGUCCUGCACACACGAGGCAAUGCUAGUGCGCUGCUGUUCAGUAGGAUCAGGUAGAACUACAGUACAGCAAUACUGUCUGUAUCUGAUCAAGGUAUACCAUAGCAGCCUUUUAUCAGAGGCAGGGUUGGUGUAGAGAACAGUCUUUCAAGUCCUGGCGUGAUAUUUGGAGCAAAUCCAAGAGCACCUCACUGUGAAUGUGAAUAUCUAAACCCUUACCCACUGUUGCACUGUAUAUAGUACUCUAUGAAGGGGGUGAUAACAGUGAUAUCGGGGAGAGAAAAGUCAUGGUUAUUGAUUCCCCAUGCAGAGAUUGCAUUGUGUUUUUGCAUCCACGGUCAUGUUGCAUGAGUUGAAUGAAAGUGAUGAGAAUUGCCUUAGCCAUAGAAAUGUGUUAAACCCAGGCCUGUCCUCAGUGUUUAGGGGUAGCUUACUUGUGAAGUUCACAUUAAAUAAUAUUUAAAUAUUGACGUGAUCUAAAAGAACACACAUGGGGACAGUGACCCCACGGAAUAUCAGGACCUGCCAAAUCGUGACUGCUUGCAUGGAAUAAAUGACACUGUUUUAUAAACUCUGCAGUUAUAACUGCAUUGCUUCCAACAGUGCAAUUGCCCAGUGGGAUCAAAUCAGCUCAACCUAUUUCUUUGUUGAUUAUGCACUGCUGCUAGUUUAGCAAUGUGCCUCAUGACAGGGUCUCUGCACCUGUACUUUGGGACCUGCUAUAAACAGUGAGGACAGGUUAAGGUUUUCAGCUGAGCCAUUGUUCAGCACCCAUAAUGUAUUGACAUCCUCAAAGCACAGACUCCAAGGAUAUUCUCAAAGCAUUUACCACCAAUAUUUUGUGAAAAGAACUAGGAAGAAUUGUGCAUGCUAAUGAAAGAACUAGGAAGAAUUGUGCAUGCUAAUGAAAGAACUAGGAAGAAUUGUGCAUGCUAAUGAAAGUGACACUUGUUUCAAAGCUGUGUCUGCGUUUUGCGUGCUUUGUGGUUGAUGGGCCAGUUAAUUGACCCUCUCCUUGUUUUGUUUGACAAUCCCUGUUAAUAACCCAUUUCCCCCCAUAAUGUAUGGAUUAUGUGCAUUAUAACAAGGACCAAAUGCAUCUUUCUGAGCUGUCUUUAUUUGUUGUUGUUGUCCAAACCCGAUUCUGUAGAUUAGAAAGUUCACUGCACUCUGUCUCCUGUGCUAUUUGCAAUGAUUGCCCUCCCCUCUCUCUGCACAGUAAUACGAAGGCUUCAUAAAGCAGGUUUCUCAUUAAAUACAGAGCUUUCCUGCAAGUCAUUUUCUACCCAAGCGGAGUUCAAUUUGUAAUCCUGUUUGUCUUGAUCUGGUGCAUGGACUGAAACGCAUUGAUCGUUGCAUUUCAUUAAGUUUAGAAAUUAGGCUUUUUGCAUAUUUUUGAAUUUGUACAUUGAGUGUAGAUUAAUUUAGUAUGGAUGCGCUUGAACCUAAAAAAAUGAUCUUGAGCGUUAAUUUGACACCUUGUUUGUGACUUGCAUAAUUAUUUAGUCAUGAUUACAUGAAGCUUGGCUAAUUUAAUUCAGAUCUAAAAUUCAGAAGAGCUAGUUUUGCAUCAUAAGGACGCUAUAGUGGGCUCCAAAGAUGAAUCAGACACAUUACCAUCAAUUCAGUAUUCAUAGUUCUACUGUAUAUGCAGUGGAAAUGACACACUGUGCUAAUUAACUCAUUUGUGUCAAGCUCUUUACAGGGCAAGUGUACAAGUAACAGCAAAUUAAAAUGCUGUACACUGCAGCAAGACUGCUAAUGCAGGAGGCCACAGCUGGCAGAGAGAACAAUGCCAUUUAAACCCAGAGAGACUGAAUAACUGUUGGUGCAAAAUCCUGAAGGAUCACAAGCAAACUGAAAAUGACAUGAUUUGCCAAUGUGUGACGGCAGUUACCUUAAAGAACAAUAUGCAUGUAAUGCUGCUCUUCACAACAAGCAGUAUACUAGACGUGAUAGGAAUGUGGCUUUAAUCAAAUUCAGCCACGUUUGGAAAAUGAUUGCACAGUGAGAUCAGGGAACCUGUUGAACAAGCACUGUGAUGCAAACAAAAGUUUUCAAAUUUUAAAAAGAUUGUGUAUAAUUCUUAAACAAAUACUGGUGAUAACAUGGUUAUGAAAUAUAAUUUAAAAUAACAAUAUAUACUGGCCAGACCAUUAGUAAGUUCAAAUGCACUCAAUUCUAUGCAUUUCUUGGUUAAACAAAUGUAAGUAGGUAAAACUAAGGCUUUAACCUACACUCCUUACCUUUGAUUCACAUUAGACCAGAACCAGCUCACUGAUAGCCAUGCAAGUUGUUCUUCUGGAGCUCCAGCUCACUGGUCCUGUGCAAGCUGUUCCUCUGGAGCUCCAGCUCACUGGUCCUGUGCAAGCUGUUCUUCUGGGGCUCCAGCUCACUAGUCCUGUGCAAGCUGUUCUUCUGGGCUCCAGUUCACUGGUCCUGUGCAAGCUGUUCUUCUGGAGCUCCAGCUCACUGGUCCUGUGCAAGCUGUUCUUCUGGGGCUCCAGCUCACUGGUCCUGUGCAAGCUGUUCUUCUGGGUCUUUGCUUAAGUUUUGAUUUUUUUUACUUUAAUUUUGCUUAACUACUGCUUUCUGGUGCCUAAUUACUUCCUGUGCUGUAGGUCACACGGUUUGAAGGGAGACAGACUGAACAGGAAGUUAUUAUUAGGUUGUUUAAUAAUAUUUAGUAAUUCUAAAAAGAACAUUUUGUUACUAAGUGUCUUUUUAACAUCACUGAAAUAAAUUGCACCAGGAAUCAGCUGCUUGUCUUUAGUAUUGUACAGAUAUGGCAAGAAAUAUUUUUUCAGGUGCUAACGGGUUAGGCUGGAUUUAAAAUGAAUGUACAGCUGAUUGGGGCUGUUUUUCUGUGUGCCUUUUUUCCAGUUUAAGAUAUGUAUCUAACACACUAAAUUGGAAUUUCAACAUUGCUCCAGAAGUUACGUAUAUAUUCAUAUUAUUAUUGAUCAGAGGACCGAAUGAAACGUCUGUGUAUCAUUUAGUGGAGGAAAAAAUGAUGAGCCUUGAAAACGAGCGCUUGUGAUUGGUCUGUGGGUGCAGAAUGAACUGGAAUUCCUGUGAUCCACAAUACCAGAGCACUGUGCUGGAGUGCCUGCUGGGGUGUACCCUACACCCUUGUUGAUCCAUGAUCACAUACUGUAUGCAAUGAAAGAGGAUGAGAAGAACAAUGAUCAGUGUUGUAACCUGUCUUGUAUGUUAUUGGCUGGAAAUCGUGAUUAUGUUAUGAUUAUUUUUUUUGAAUGCCUUUUCUGUACAAAGCAAGGCUUUUUAUUAAGAACAAUCAAUAAAUGUGAAGAUGA